UUUUUGUAUGAUUAAUUGAUUAUGACGACUGGGUUUGAUUGUAUUCAAUAGUAUAAUGGUUUCAAGAUCAUAUUCCAAUUUAUUGGAUCUUACUUCCGGCGAAUCUCCGAUUAGUCGAUUGGGGAAGAAAUUCUCUCGAGUGUCAACGGUUUCCAGUUUCUUAUCUGAAGUAGACGAUGACAAUAAAAGUGUAGGAUCAGAUUCUUCAUCCUCAAUUUCUCAGGACAAGAUGAUCAUCGUUGCAAACCAACUCCCCCUCCGGGCAAAUCGAAUUACCAACGGUAAAAAGGAAAGUUGGGUUUUCAAUUGGGACGAAGAUUCCUUACUUCUACAACUAAAAGAUGGGUUGGGAGAAGAUAUGGAAGUAAUCUAUGUCGGAUGUUUAAAAGAAGAAAUCGAUCCAAACGAACAAGAUGAAGUUGCUCAAACUCUACUCGAAACAUUCAAAUGUGUACCGGCUUUCAUACCUCCUGAGCUUUUCAGUCGAUACUACCAUGGAUUCUGUAAACAACAUCUAUGGCCAUUGUUUCAUUACAUGCUUCCAUUAUCACCUGAUUUUGGUGGCCGUUUUGAUCGUUCACUAUGGCAAGCUUAUGUCUCUGUUAACAAGAUCUUUGCUGAUAAAGUAAUGGAAGUUAUAAACCCAGAUGAUGAUUUCGUUUGGAUUCAUGAUUACCAUUUGAUGAUCUUACCAACUUUUCUCAGGAGAAGAUUCAAUAGAUUGAAGAUGGGUUUCUUUCUUCAUAGCCCAUUUCCAUCUUCUGAAAUUUACAGAACUUUACCUGUAAGAGAUUUGAUUCUUCGAGCUUUAUUAAACUCGGACCUAAUUGGGUUUCAUACAUUCGAUUACGCUAGACAUUUCUUAUCUUGUUGCAGUAGAUUGUUGGGUCUUUCUUAUCAAUCGAAAAGAGGUCAUAUUGGACUUGAAUACUAUGGGCGAAAUGUAAACAUCAAGAUUUUACCUGUUGGAAUCCAUAUGGGUCAACUUGAAUCUGUUUUAGCCCUACCCGAGACUGUAACCCGGGUCGUGGAGUUGAGUGAUCGGUUUCAUAAUCGAACCGUUUUACUCGGGGUUGAUGAUAUGGAUAUUUUCAAAGGAAUAAGUUUGAAAUUAUUAGCUUUCGAGCAGUUACUUAUUCAGCAUCCUGAUAAGAGGGGUAGAUUCGUACUUGUACAAAUCGCGAAUCCGGCUAGAGGACGAGGAAAAGAUGUGGAGGAUGUUCGGUCUGAAACGUAUGCAACGGUGGAAAGAAUCAAUGAAACGUUCGGGCAACCCGGGUACGACCCGGUUGUGUUGAUCGAAGACCCGCUUCAAUUCUAUGAGCGAUUAGCCUAUUACGUGAUCGCGGAAUGUUGUUUGGUUACGGCUGUGAGAGAUGGGAUGAAUCUUAUUCCUUACGAGUAUAUUAUUUGUCGACAAGGAAACGCGAAUAUAAAUGAAAAAUUGGGAAUAAGUGGCUUGGUUCCGAAAACAAGUAUGCUUGUGAUAUCGGAAUUUAUAGGGUGUUCACCUUCUUUAAGUGGAGCCAUUCGUGUCAAUCCGUGGAACGUCGAGUCAGUUGGCGAAGCAAUGAGUUCGUGUUUGAAUAUUGGUGAUUGCGAGAAACAAUUGAGACAUGAAAAACAUUAUAAGUACGUUAGUACACAUGAUGUUGGAUAUUGGGCAAUGAGUUUCCUACAAGAUCUUCGAAGAGCAUGUAGCCAACAUGUGAAUAGGAAAUGGUGGGGAGUUGGUUUUGGUUUAGGCUUUCGUGUGAUUGCAUUGGAUCCAAAUUUUAAGAAGCUUUCGGUUGAUUACAUUGUGUCGGCUUAUAAAAGUACUAAAAACCGAGCUAUUUUAUUAGAUUACGAUAGCACGAUGAUGAAAACUCCAAUUUCUAUUAGCAAAUCUCCUCAUUCGCAAGCACUCGCGGUCUUGAAUAGCUUGUGUAAGGACCCGAAAAAUGUUGUGUUUGUUGCUAGUGGUAAAGAUCGUAAAACACUCUCCCAUUGGUUUUCUUCGUGCGACAAACUCGGAAUGGCGGCCGAACAUGGUUAUUUCCUAAGGUCCAGCCAAGAUGAAGAAUGGUUAACUUGCGUUCCAGUUCAAGAUUUCGAAUGGAAACAAAUAGCCGAACCAGUGAUGCAAUUAUACACAGAAACAACCGAUGGUUCAACGAUCGAUCCAAAAGAGAGUUCAAUGGUCUGGAAUUAUCAACACGCAGAUCCUGAUUUCGGUUCUUGUCAAGCAAAGGAACUGUUAGAUCAUCUCAAAAGCGUUCUAGCAAACGAACCAGUUUCAGUCAAGAGCGGUCAUAGAAUCGUAGAAGUUAUUCCUCAGGGCGUGAACAAGGGUAUUGUGGCGGAAAGAUUGAUAGAUAUAAUGAGGAAGAAAGGAAUGGUACCGGAUUUUGUUCUUUGUAUUGGAGAUGAUCGAUCGGAUGAAGAUAUGUUUGAGGUUAUAACGAAUGCGGCUAAUGGACCGAAUCUUAAUCCUUUGGCUGAAGUGUUUGCAUGUACGGUUGGACAGAAACCUAGUAAGGCUAAGUAUUUCUUGGAAGAUGCUGCUGAGAUAAUGACGAUGUUGCAGGGUCUUGCGGCGGCGUCUGAAAUGUCGUCUUUGAGAAUUGAGCGUUCGGAGGUUGAAGAUGAUGAUGAUGAUCAGUUGUGGGUUUAGUUGAAGAAACACAAUUAGGGUUUAUAGAGUAGAGAUAUUUGGGCCUGGUUUAAUUAAACUAUUUUAAUAUCUAUAUUUUAUAUUAUCGGAUUGGUUUAUUUAGAUAAAACAUUUAUUUAUAUCUAUAUUUAACAUAUUUAAACA